GAAUGGAAAAAGAAGUAUGUAUGCCUUUAUGGAGAUGGUCGAUUGACGUAUCACCACACUCAAAAAGACUAUCGGGACAAACCCAGCCACGGAAAAGAGGUGUUUCUUGGGCUCGCCACUGUUCGAAUUGCCGGUAGACAACGUCCGCGAAACACUCAACGUGGCAUGGUGACAAGUCAAUCGGAAGAGCCGAGCUCGACGAACUCAGGAGGAGCUGGAGGUUCGGGAGAAGGUACGUCUGGAGGAAGUGACGAUGCGAAGGAGGCGUCCCCUGCCGUUCAACUGACUCCUCAAACCGUUGCUGGCCAGGCCAGAAAAAGAGACGAGGUGAUCAUCACCUCUGACCAGAAGCGAUGGGAGUUUUGCGUGGCAGCUGAUGAACGUGACGCGUGGGUGGCAGCGAUUGAGGAGCAAAUCGAAAAAGCGCUCCAAAAUCAGAUGAGCAAGCCUAGUACAAGAGCCCGAGGCGACAGGGAAGAGGUGUUGGCCCUUCGCCAGCUGCCCGGCAACGACCGUUGUGCGGAUUGCGGCCAAACGUCACCUGAUUGGGCAAGCCUCAAUCUUGGCAUUUUGAUAUGCAUCGAGUGUUCUGGAACUCAUCGGAAUCUUGGGUCUCAUAUUUCACGGGUUCGUUCGCUCGAUUUGGAUGCAUGGCCUGUGGAAUUUUUGGCAGUGAUGCAAGCGAUCGGCAACGAUGCUGCGAAUCGGCUAUGGGAGCACCACGCUCCGUCCGAUCGACGUCCAC